AUGGUUGGAAAAGUUGCCAUCUCAGCUGUAUCGUUGGUUCUUGUGGUCGGUGUUGUCAUCGGCAUGGUGGCAGUUGUGCACCGCAGUGAUUCUCCCGACAAUGACCAACAUAAUAUGUCAGCCUCAAUGAAGGCUGUUACCACCAUUUGUGCUCCUACCUCGUACAAGGAUGCCUGCGUUAGGAGCCUCGAAUCUGUAUCAAAUAAUCAAACAGCCACCCCGAAGGACUACAUCAUGGCAGUAAUUCAGGCCACUCUAGACGAGGUGAAGAAAUCAUUUGAAGUCACCGGAAAGACUGCUGUUAACAAGGAUGAUGAUCCUUAUGAUCACAUGGCAGUCGAAGACUGUAAGGACUUGUUAGAUGAUGCCAUUGAUACACUUCAGGCAUCGUAUUCUAGCGUAGGUGAAAGUGAUAUGCAUACCAUCCAAGAUCGUGCAAAUGAGCUUCGGAGUUGGAUGACAGCUGUUUAUUCCCUUCAGUCGUCGUGCCUCGAUCAAAUUCAAAAGCCCGAGUACAAAUCAGCCAUUGAGAAUGGCAUGAUAAAUGCUACUCAGCUUACUCACAAUGCCAUUAACAUAAUUGCUGAGCUUUCUCAAGUCCUAAAGACAUUUAAUGUGCCGAUAAAUCUGCAGGCUAACCGUCGUCGUUUGCUUGAUGUGGGCGAGAUUGGCGAAGAUGGAUACCCAACUUGGUUCAGUGCUGCAGAUCGUAAGUUGAUGGAAGCACACCAGAAAGGCAGUGUCGCACCUAAUGCAGUUGUCGCCAAGGAUGGUAGUGGACAAUUCAAGACAGUUGCAGAUGCUAUUGCAGCUUACCCCAAGAACUUCAAAGGCAGAUACACCAUUUACGUCAAAGCAGGUGUCUAUGAAGAGUUCAUCACCGUGAACAAGAAGCAGACCAAUGUUUUCAUUUACGGUGAUGGCCCAGGGAAAAGCAUUAUCACAGGGAAGAGAAACUAUGGAAUCAUGAAGAUUGGCACAAUGAAAACUGCCACAUUCUCUGCUGUCGGAAAUGGAUUCAUCGCUAGGGGAUUGACAUUCCGCAACGAUGCUGGUCCAGAUGGCCACCAAGCUGUGGCUCUUCGUGUCCAAUCUGAUAUGUCCGCUAUAUUCGACUGCAGCAUUGAGGGCUACCAAGAUACAUUGUACUAUCACGCCUUCCGUCAAUUUUACAGAAACUGUGUCAUUUCUGGUACAGUCGACUUCAUCUUUGGCAUGGGCGAUGCAGUUAUUCAAAACAGUUUGAUCAUAGUGAGGAAGCCAAAUGCCAAUCAACAAAACACCAUUACUGCUGAUGGAAGAGAAGUGGCUAGGGGUACCAAUGGAUUGGUCCUACAGAACUGCAGGAUAGUUCCAGAAAAGGAACUCUUCCCAUUGAGAUUCCAAAUUCCCACCUACCUCGCGCGCCCAUGGAAGGCAUACGCCCUUACCGUCACCAUGCAAAGCGAGUUGGGUGAUUUGAUCCGCCCUGAGGGCUAUAUGAAAUGGGACGGCGCAAGCUACCAUCAAACUUGUGAGUUCUAUGAGUUUGCAAACCGCGGCCCAGGAUCCAACACCAGUAAAAGAAGUAAAGAAUUCAAAAAAUUCAAAGUUCUCAAUGGAGGCGAAGUUGCCAAAUACACUCCUGGCCAAUUCCUUUCUGGUUUCCAAUGGUUGAAGAACACCGGUGCACCUUUCCAACUCGGGUUGUGA